CGCAUUUGCUUCGAAUGGUUCGAACAUACACAUGGAAUCCUUCAACUCAGUCCAGUUUAACAAUUAUUGGUAAUUUUGAUAAUGAAAGCGAAAAGACAGUUACCAAUUCGCUUCCAGCUACAUCAACAAAUUUAUAUUCUACUCAACGCUUUUCAAAUGAUCCCAUUUACAGACCAAAUUAUAAAAAUGGCCAGGUAACAAAUAUAUCUACUGCUGUUCCCAAAGAUGUGCAUAUGUCACAAUCUCAAACAGCUUCGUUGUGGCAACCUCAUUAUCAUUCCUUUCCAAUCUGUUAUCCUAUUCCGCUUGAUUUACCGGCCAACCUUUACCACUGGAGACCUCAUCUCCUUCCACCUCAAAUAACAACACCGGUUACAUUUGAAAAAACAACAAACCUUAGGCCGGUAGAUCUCUGGCAUCUCAGGCCCAUCCAAAUCGGUAGUAAGGUUUAUUAUGAGCUGGUGAGCAGCAGUUCCACACUUUAUAGUAGCCCAACAUCGGUUGUACCCUAUCCAGUUACAUCCGCCAAUUUGAUAGCCAUCCCAAACAAUGCUCAGUUUCAAAAUGGCAACCUAUCUCACUUACCAACUACUGCUGUUCCAGUGUCUGCUAAUAAUACUUGUGGACAAAGUAAAUUACUGCAUUCAGAAACAUGUGGCAAUAAUCACUCCAUCACUUCUGGUAAUAAUGGUUCAAUAAAUCUGCCAUGGACUCUUGGUUCACCCCAACCAAAAAGUGGAAUUCACGGAACCCCUUCUUGGCAGACACCUCUCUUGAUAACAAAAGAAGGCCUCAUCUUUGAUAGGGAGACCAACGAAAGUUCAACUAUUUCCACUUUCCAAAAUCCACCGUUCCUAAUUUCUCCAAGUCAGCAGCUAGACGGUAAUUUGUAUCAGCAUUCUCCAUUACACAAGAUAACACCUUCAUUACAACAUCAGUGCUACCGGAAAGUGGCUACUGUUGAUUCAACAGAACAAUAUAAACGUGACUUGCAAUUACAAAUUGAGCAGAAUCGGCAGCGUAAAGAGGAAGAACGACAACGUGAACUGGAAAUAGAAAAAAAAGAAAUGAUAAAGUUCGAGGAGUACAGACGGAAAGCACAGCAAGAGAUUGAAGAAGAAGAGCGUAAGGAAAAGGAAAAAAUAUUGGCAGCACAACGCAGAGCAGCUAGAAUGCGAACCUUACAGGAAGAAGCGGCAUUAAAGGCUCGUCGUGAAGUAAAAAAUCGUAUCAGGCGUGAUGUAUGUUGCAGUAACGAGGGUACAAAGACGUUGGAAGGAAGAACAUCUUCAACAGUCGAACUGAAUCACCUGGAAUGGUGGGAGAAGAAAAAGGAACAUGUGAAUGAUAAUGCACAAAGAUCAACUCAUUCACCGGUCAUUCCAACUCUUCGGAAGAAGAAUGAAACUUCUACUGGUCUUUCACGAAAUACAGCCUUUGAAAUAUCAGCGAAUAAGGCAGGUGUAACCAGCUGUGUUCGAUCGGAUCGAUCUAAUAAAUCACAUUCAUCAUCAAGAUUAAAUCGACGCUGUUAUCAUUCAUCCCUGACUUCAAGGCGGAACAACAGUUCGGAUUCAGUAGGAUUUCGUAGGAAAAGCUCUCACAUUCACUAACAAAAUAAAUCACCAUCGAGC